AUGUCUAUGAGUAAUCGUCACUCUGUGUCCCUAGCAGAAGCCAAUCUAUUAUUACCUAACAAUGACAAUAAUAGUAAUAGCAAUAGCAAUAGCAAUAAUAAUAACAACAACAACAACAACAACAAUGAUAACAAUAAUGACAAUGACAUUAAAGGUAUCCAUGGGAUGAACUAUACAUUAAAAUUAAAUAAAUUGAAGAGCAAUAAUACUGUAGGAGGUAUACAAACAACGCUUCAACGUAAAGGUAGUGGUAGUAAUAAUCAAAAAUCGCACCACUACUACCCGAGCUUGUUAGAUUCUUCUUUUACUAAUGGUGCUAGUAACCCCAAUUUUAUAAAUACAACUACAAAUUCAAAUACAACACCAACCACACCAACAUUUCGUACGUUACCAUCCUUAUUAAAAACCCCAAGCAAUAAAAAGCUAACCUAUUUUUCGAUUAUAGAAUCCAAUUUAGACAAAUUUCCUAUAAAUGUAUCACCCUUAAUCAUCUUUUCCAAACAACGAAAAAUAUCAACCACAGUGAUUCCAAUAGGAGAUGUCACAGGUAAACUUAUACCGGCAACCACUAGUACCGGUCUACCGUCUUCGUCUGCGAAAAAUUAUAAAUUAUACUGCAACCAAUAUAAAAUAUUGGAGAAUUUAGGCUCAGGUCAAUUUGCCAAAGUUUAUAAGGGGAUAACCCCCGUAGGAUCAUUAGUAGCCUUAAAAACAUUUAGGAAAAAACCAUUAAAUUCUUCACAAUACUCUUUUCAACAAAUCCAAACUUAUUUAUCCAGAAAUUCGAAUACAAUAAAUACAUUUGCAUCAUCUGUUUCUUCAAACAAUAAUAGUAAUACUACUACAAUUAACUCGUUUAGUGGUAGUAACGCCGGACAUAACAAUAAUAAUGCUAUUAAUAACACAAUAAACACCUUAAAUAGUGUUGAUAGUAUUGUUAUGUAUAUGAACGUUACCAAAAUACGAUGGGAGAUCUAUGUAAUGACCAGAUUAUCUGAAAAAAUAAGUAAAAGUAGUAAUAAUUGUUCAAAAAUAGGAAGCGAAAAUGUAAUUAAAUUGCUAGACUGUAUCGAUUCUAACAAGAGCAAGAAAAUUUGGGUAAUCACCGAGUUUGCCGAAUUUGGAGAACUAGACUGGAAUGAUUUACACCAACAAUAUAAGUUAAUAAUGGGCAGUACUACGGUGCUACAUCAAGACAAUAAUUAUUAUUACUAUUUGCCAAACUAUGACUUUAAUAGGUUUAUUUUAGAUAUAUAUAAAGAUUUGGUGCUGGGUUUAUAUUUUUUAUAUUGUAAAGGUCUAGUCCAUAGAGAUAUAAAGCCUUCAAACAUUUUGUUGUUUAAAAAUGCGCAUACGAGUUAUAGAAAUUCUCCGAUUAUUGCAAAAUUAAGUGAUUUCGGCACUGCUAUUAUUCAUCCAGACCACUUACCAUCUAGUGAAAGUAUGGGCAUUAAUAAUAAAGAGAUAUUGUUUGAUUGUUACCAAAAUGAGUUGAAUAAAAUUGUCGGUACUCCGGCCUUUAUCCCACCUGAAGUUUGUAAUUUUAAACAUAACGGUGGGGAUGUUAGUAUAACUACUCCCUUGGACGGAUUUCAGUUAGACAUGUGGAGUCUAGGCGUUACCAUGUUUACAUUAAUAUAUGGAUGUUUACCGUUUGAAGGAGAUAAUGAAUUUGAAACUUUUGAUAAAAUAGUCAAUUUAGAAUUAAACUUGGAGAAUUUAAAAUAUAGAGUGGGAAUAAAAAACACUGAUGAUGCGAAUGGCUUUAAGAUCGAAAGAUUGGUGAAUUUGAUGAAUUACAGAAUGCUUUGUAAACAACCACAUGAAAGAUGUACCAUUCUAGAGUUGGUUAAAGAUACAGAAUUAAUUAGUAUUCAGAAUAUUUCGCAGAAUGACGCUGAAAUGAGUUUUACUGAUCAUUCUAACAAGCAUAUACACAAUAGCCAUUCAACUUUGUCAAACGCUGUACCAGCUUCCUCUAGCAACAGCGAUUCCGAAUAUGCCACAGAACGGGACUCUACAGCUUCUGUGAAUAAUUCAUCAAAUUUGGAACAUGGCACUACUGAGUCUUAUUUGCAUUUAUCCAAGUCAAUAUCAAGUCUAAGAUUAAAUGGGAAGAAUCACCACGCAGCUACUACUAUUAACAACGAUAACAAUAAUGCUGAUACUACCACUGACAAUAUUGUAUCCGCUACUACUGCUGCCGUUACUACUACUGAUAAUAAUAAUAAUAAUAAUAAUAAUUCCACUUCCAACGGUAAAGACACCCAUAAUGGUCGAUUUUUCAAAAGAAAAUCAUCAAAAUCAAGCUUAAGCAUCUUAUCUCCGUUAAAACAUGAUAGAAACCAUGGCGAUAGCAAUGUAUCUACUAACGAAACACCAUCAAAAAUCUUUCAUAACGCUAUUAAUUACAGUAAUAGAAGUACUAGUAACGGAAGUUUUGGUAAGAUUUUGGCUAAUAAUGACAAUAUCUCUAUGUAUAGUAGUAGUAAUAAUAAUACGCCUAUUAAGAAGAAAAGAUCAAUUAGUUCAUUAGCAGGAAGUAUCAAUAGUCAUAAAAUCAAUCCAUUUCAAUCAUCUUCAUUGCACAAAAGAGCUGAAUCAAAUGUUGGCGCUGGCAUCAAUAGCAGCAGCAGUAGUAGUAGUAAAUUAAGACAAAUUGGUGGAUUAUUGUUCCAUAAAUUCGCUUCAUCUUCUUCAUCCAACUCUUUACAUUCAAAAAAUAAUGGCAAUAAUGAUACCAGUGGCACUUCUUUGCCAGUUUCAAAUGCAACUAUAGCAAACAAUAUUGAACCAAUUAUGAAUUCUUCACAAUUAGGCCCAGCGCCCACAACAGUUACCGUUAAUACUAUUCAAAAUAAUGUUGAUGACAUUAAUACCACUAAUAAUCAUCAUAAGCAUAAUCACAAUAAUAGUAGUAGUUCUACUCUUAAGGCGAAGGUUAAUAAUGGUGGUACCAAUACUGAUGUCUUCCCUACUAUUUUCCAUCCAACAAAUGUUACUCACUUAUCAGAAGGAAACGAGGGAAUCAGUAUAAGUAGUAGCAGUGAUAGUGGAAUUGAUAGCGACGACAAUAUAAAUAGUAUCAUACAGGAGGAGGAGGAUGAAUACAGUGGGGAUGAUGAUUAUGAUGAAGACAAUGAUGGUGAUGACGAUUAUGAUGACGAUUAUGAUUAUGAUCCUGUUAAAAAGGUAAAUACUAAUGAAUUAUUAAAGCGUGGCAAACUGGAAUCAGCGAACGAUAUAUUUGGUGAGAACAAGAACACUAAUAAUGUACACGGUUAUGUUUAUGAUGAUGAUGGUGAUGAUGAUGAUGAUGAGUAUAACGCCAAUGAAAAACACAGGAAAAAUUAUAAAAAUUUAGAUACAAUUGAAACCCGCAGAAAGUCUAAUUUACUACCCUCUAGGGGAACUUUAGAUAUGAGCAAAUAUUUGGAUCAAUUAGAUGCAAUUUUUGAAAUUAAUAGUGACGAUAACAAUAGUAAUAAUAAUAUUCAAACUAACGAUAAUACUAAAUAUAAUGAUAAUAUUGAUGCUAAUAGCAUUACAAAGGGAAAGAAUGUAGAAGUUAUGAUAUCCGGAAAAAAUGAUGCUAAUCAAGAUAAUAAUAAUCUAACUUAUACUGCGAAUAAUACUCAACAAAGUGAUGAAGCUCGCAACGCUGUUACUGAUAGUAAGGGGGAAUUUGAAACAGUCGAUGAGUUAAGAAGAUACCUGCAAUUCGCAGAUGAUUAA